AUGGGCCAAAGGGAAACUGAUGAUGGAAACCUAAAUGGCAAUUCAUACAUCCAAGAUAGUGUAGGGAAAGAAUUGAUAGGAGAAAUUCCUAAGAAAGUCAAGUGGGAGAAAUACAUACCCCAAGGCUCAAAUCAGUGGGACUGGCAAAUGGCGGUAUGUAAGUUGUUUGAUGAGCGUCCAAUAUGGAUCAAAGAAUCAUUAGCCGAACUCUUGCUUGAAAAAGCCAAUUUGAUGUACUUGGGGACAUGGGGUACUAUGCGAAUACGUUCUCUGCCAAAGUUUUUAAGAGCCCACCUAGGUGAGGCAAGGCGAGCUGAGGCUGUUGCACCACGCAUGGAGUUAAUGAGGGCUAUUGAUCUUUUAGACUGCUGGUUCUCGUCACGUGUGCUUGAUAGUUUGCGAUUACAUGUUGCUGUGAGGUUCUUAUCAGUAUACCCUAAGCCUGGUGCAGAGUCAUUGCUAAAAUCUGCUUCAGCUCGCUUUGAAAAGUCAAAGAGGGUGCGCAUUCCUGCAAAGAAUUCAAGACCUGAUGUAAAAAGGCAGCAAGUCAAUAAAGAAGAUGAAAUUGAGGAUGAUAAUAUUGAAGAGGCAGAUGUACACGAGGCACUUGACUUGGCUGGUGAGGAUGGAAAGUUUACUCUACAACCAUAUACAGCCCGUGGGAACAUAUCACAAAACUACUUGCAAGAACUUUUUGGUAGUUUUCCAUUUCAUGGAGCAGGUAGCAAUGAAUUGCAAGAUGCUGAAACCAGUGAUAGGGAUUAUCAGGUAUAUGAACACUAUAGUGAUGACAACUACACUGAUGAUGACGAGUAA